AUGCACGGUCUCCUGACCAUCCACCUAGGCCAAUGCGGAGUACAGAUUGGUAACGCUGUAUGGGAGUUGCUGGCCUGCGAGCACGGAAUCGGCGCUGACGGCCGACUGUACUGCACUCCCUACGAUGCUCUCGGCUGUGAGAGAACCGCACAGAGCGAUGACAUUGGCGUCUUUUUUAGCGAAUCGAGGCAGUCGUACUAUCCUAGGGCUAUCAUGGUAGAUCUUGAGCCAACUGUUAUCGGUAUGUUAAUGUCGCGUUCCACAUAA